CUGGGCCAUCUCCUUUCCAGGUCUUCUCCCAGGGCAAGUGGUUGGCUCCAGCCUGGCUGGGCAUCUGGCUCCCCUGUAGUGUCAGGGGCCUGGCGCUCUGGGCCAUCUGCCCCCGCUCUUGGCUCACCAGCCCCCAGCCUCAGGAUGGGUGACUUCAAUGAGAAGAAGGCAACGUGCGGCACGGUCUGCCUCAAGUACCUGCUGUUUACCUACAACUGCUGCUUCUGGCUGGCUGGCCUCGCUGUCAUGGCAGUGGGUGUCUGGACACUCGCCCUGAAGAGUGACUACAUCAGCCUGCUGGCCUCCAGCACUUACCUGGCCACAGCCUACAUCCUGGUGGUGGCUGGCAUCGUUGUCAUGGUGACCGGUGUCCUGGGCUGCUGCGCCACCUUCAAGGAGCGGAGGAACCUGCUGCGCCUGUACUUCCUCCUGCUCCUUGUCAUCUUCCUGCUGGAGAUCAUCGCUGGCGUCCUGGCCUACGUGUACUACCAGCAGCUGAACACCGAGCUCAAGGAGAACCUGAAGGCCACCAUGACCAAGCGCUACCACCAGCCAGGCCACGAGGGCGUGACCAGUGCAGUGGACAAGCUGCAGCAGGAGUUCCACUGCUGUGGCAGCAACAACUCGCAGGACUGGGAGGACAGUGAGUGGACCCACUCCCGUGAGGCAGGUGGCCGUGCAGUCCCCGACAGCUGCUGCAAGACAGUGGUGGACGGCUGUGGGAGGCGGGACCAUGCUUCUAACAUCUACAAGGUGGAGGGAGGCUGCAUCACCAAGCUGGAGACCUUCAUCCAGGAACACCUGAGAGUCAUCGGGGCUGUGGGCAUCGGCAUCGCUUGCGUGCAGGUCUUUGGGAUGAUCUUCACGUGCUGCCUGUACAGGAGCCUGAAGCUGGAGCACUACUGACACCCGCCUGCUGCUGCACGGCUUCCCACCCGACCACUGCGCUGACCACUGAUCACCCGGGCCCACCGCGCCCUCCAACCCUGUGCCGUUACUGUGGCCUCUGGCACUGCCCAGAGGUAGCUUCAAGUGCCUUUCACUGAACAACCAGACCCAAGCCCCGGAGGAGGUGAAGGAUGGUGUAUGUGCCCGUUUUGGUGUGUGUGGGGGGCUAGCUGGAGCUGCCCCGUACUACAGGCUACCUCCUCCGGGGUGGGGCGCUGGGGUGCUCCUCGAUGCCUAUUAGCAGUGAGUGGUUUUGGGGCUAAGUGUGGGCAGAACUGGGCUGGCCCAGCCCCCGUACACAACCUUGCGGUCACCAGAAGCAGGUGGAGUGGGUGCAGGGAUGCUAGGCUGGGUAAGGGGACUUUGUGCCUGCCCUGGGUCUACACGCAUGUCCAGGUGCCCAGGGCCUGGAGCCUUGCCUUGGAGCUGUGUGGCCCCAUCCCACCCUCUCCCGGCAACCACAGCCCUGCCUUAUUCCCCCACUGCUCUUAAAUCAGUGGAAGAUGCCACCACUUUCCUGCCAUCUGUUAGAAUGUCCCGUGAGGGGACAAGGUUACUGGCUUCAUUUACUGCUGUAUUUCAAAUGCCCCUGCCAUGUGACAGGGGCUUAAUAAACCUUGGUAGAACGGACA